CUAUGGUUCAUGCUGGGAAAUGAUCAGGAAAUAAACAGCAUGUCGGUGUCUUGAAUAGUUUAAUCGGGUUAUCUUCGAAUUUAUCGAAGAACCCUUUAAUUAUCUUCACUCUAGUAGUAUAUGCUCGUUAUAAUAAUAAUUAGAGAACGAUAUAAUGUGAAAUAAUAGACAUGACAGACCCGGAGGCGAAAAAGAAGAAGGAGAGGUUAUACGGAACUCUGUUCCUGGGAAGCAUAGCAGGAGCGUCAGGUCUGAUCGGCUUCUCCAGUGCGCUCGCAGCAGCUAAAAAACGUGACACGAAGGGUUUUGACGCUGGAGUCAUGGGAGGAAAAGGCUUACACGAAUCUGGAGUCGCUCUUGCGACCAGAGCUUUGUUCUGGGGCUCCGCCUGGGCCAUCGGUGGCUGCGGUAUACUUUUCUAUGGAAUCUGGAAGCUAUCCGGUGCUAAAACUGCCGAGGAAUUCAGAAUGAAAGUCGGAAAUCUCUUACCACGAAUACCGAAGAACGAUCCUCCUCAGAGUCGAACCGAAUUCGAGAAUCUGACGGAUUUGUUAAAGUACGUCUCCGAAGAAUGGGGCAAAGAGAAAUGAGCGAAGACUUACUUUGAUACAAAAAAGCAAAGAAAUAAAUAGAAGAGUGCUUUUCUUUUUUACAGUGAU